AUGGAAGAGACAGAUGACAUUCAGAACUGCCAGGAUAAGCAUGAAGAGGACAUGCCGAAGAGUUCCCCUUUUGACUUUGUUAUAAAACAGUUCCAAGGGAAGAGGUCCUCUCCUGGAAAAAGAAAAGAGCAGCCUUCAGCUAUCAAAAAAUUCUUCAGGGGCUUUGACUUGGGGAAAUCUGAAGGCAAGGACAGAAGGGAAAUUGAAGAAACAGAAAUAAACAACUCUGGAGCUGAUGAUCAGAGUGAGAAGCGAGAUCCCUCUGUAGAAGAUGGACUUUCACAUCUCAUUUCUGAAGCGGAGUCACCAUCUGGUGAGCAGAGAUUUAACCAGUUCAUGCAGAAACUGGGAAAGAAACCCAACAGCAAGAAUCUGGAUCUAAAUAAUUGUGCAUUAAGUGCAGCAGACAUAACAGAGCUGGCUUCUUUACUACCGAUUCUCCCAGAGCUGGAGGAGAUCAGCCUGUCCUGGAAUGGUUGUGUUGGUGGGACUUUGAAAGCUCUCACUGUUCAUCUUCAUCAUGCGAACCUGUUAAAAGUCCUUCGACUUAACAACUGCAGGCUGACAGCUGAGGAUGUCACCUCCUUAGGAGAGGCAUUUGAAAUUGUUCCUCAACUUGAAGAACUGGAUUUAUCAUGGAACAGAAACAUAGGUGGAAAACUAUCACUCCUGACAAAAAAACUCCAGAAAGGAUGCAAGAUAAAACUUCUGAAAAUUACAGACUGUAACCUAACGGCAAAGGAUGGAGAAUCCCUUGCUGAAAUUCUAAAUGUGAUCCCAAACCUCGAAGUAUUAGAUCUCUCUAUCAACAAACACAUCGGCUGCAGCAUGAAGGUUAUUGCUCAGUACCUGAAAAAUGUGCCAGGCUUGAAAGAGUUAAACUUGCACAUGUGUGGAUUAAAGCAAGACAGCCUCCAGGGCUUAGACACUGCUUUACAGCACCUUGCCGAGCUAAGAAAACUAGACAUAUCGUGUAACAAAGAGAUUGGUGGUGGCUUUAAAGACUCAACAGCUCAUCUGGCCAGCUUGAAAAAUCUCGAAGUCCUUGAUCUCCACCAGUGCUGUGUAACAGAAGAGGACAUGACCGUUUUGUCCCAGGUGAUACCUUUGCUCUCCAGUCUUCAAGAGCUGAAUUUAUCCUCGAAUAAAAAUGUAGGAGUCUCAUCUGAUCCCCUUCUGGGCAGGCUCAGGUUUUUACCGAAGUUGAAAUCUGUGGCCAUCAGCAAUUGUGGUUUAGGCGAAGAGUCGUUUUCAUCACUAGCUGAGGCUGCCCUUCACCUUCCUGAACUGGAGAUAUUAGACCUUUCUUGGAAUAAGUGCGUUGGUGGGAACCUAAAGCUGCUUUUGGGAGCACUAAAGCUUGCAACGGAGAUUCAAGUGUUAAGACUGAGCAGCUGUAACUUGGUGGCUGAAGAUUUGGCACUUCUAACAUUACUGACGCAGGAUGGCCAUCUAGCCAGAUUACGGAAGCUGGAUUUGAGUUAUAAUAACAACAUCUCUGAUGAAGGGUGGGUCCUUUUCUGUCAAGGCUUAGCAGUAUUCAAAGAACUCUCAGAGCUCGAUGUCAGUCUUCGCCCAUCUUCCUGCCGUGACUGCGGGAUGUGGUUCAGCAAGUUGUUAGCAGCGCUGACAAAGCUGCCUGCCUUGGCAGAGCUGGGAUUGCAAAGAUGGGUCCUUUCAGAAUCGCAGCGGAAACAACUGGAAAGCUUUAAUGGAGACAACAAAAGAAACAUUCGUUUUGACUGUUGA